AUGCUGCUGCGAUUCUACCUUGAUAAUGACGGCAAGCGUGUGUACACCCUAAAGCAGUCUGUGCCCGCCAACGAUGGUUCCGAUAGCGAGCAGCCUACCUUCAGUGCUCAUCCGGCGAGGUUCAGUCCUGAUGAUAAGUACUCGGCCGAGCGUGUGACCAUCAAGAAGCGCUUUGGUGUGCUCUUGACGCAGCAGCCCAAACCUGAGUUCUGA